AUGGAUUUUGAGGAAGAAUACGAUGCCGAAUUUGACGACAAUCAAGAGGGGCCAUUAGAGACGCCUUUUCCAGCCGCAAGCACCGCUGACAAUGAGAAAGAGCAUAACGCCGGUGAAGAUACAUCUUCACAAAAGAAUAAGAAGCAGAAAAGAGAAACAGUCGUGGAUGAUGGGAGUGAAAACCCAUUCGGUAUUCCCGAAUUUACAAGGAAGGAUAAGACCUUGGAAGAGAUUCUAGAGAUGAUGGACGAUACGCCUCCCAUCAUCCCAGAUGCAGUGGUGGAUUACUAUCUAACGAAAAAUGGGUUUGAUAUGGCAGACGUACGAGUGAAAAGACUUUUAGCAUUGGCUACCCAGAAGUUUGUUAGUGACAUAGCCAAGGACGCGUACGAAUACUCGAGGAUCAGGUCCUCGGUUGCCGUAUCCAAUGCAAACAAUGGUCAGGCAAGAGCUAGACAAUUACUGCAAGGGCAACAGCAGCCGGGAGUACAACAGAUUUCACAACAACAGCACCAACAGAAUGAGAAGACUACAGCCAGCAAAGUUGUUCUGACGGUAAAUGAUCUAAGUAGCGCUGUUGCAGAGUACGGACUCAAUAUCGGUCGUCCUGACUUCUACCGCUAG